GGCGCGGCGGCGAAUUUGGCGCGGACGUGCCCGGGAGCCGCGGGCCGGGGUCGCGCACCUCCGCCUGCGACGGCCUCGGGUCGGGCCUGAGAGGGGGCCCGGGUCCACUGGGGUGCAGUCAUGCAGGAAAAUCUCAGAUUUGCUUCAUCGGGAGAUGAUGUUAAAAUAUGGGAUGCUUCAUCUGUGACAUUGGUCGAUAAAUUCAACCCACACACAUCGCCACAUGGAAUCAGCUCAGUGUGUUGGAGCAGCAAUAAUAACUUUCUAGUGACAGCAUCUUCCAGUGGUGACAAAAUAGUUGUUUCAAGUUGCAAAUGUAAACCUGUUCCACUUUUAGAGCUUGGUGAAGGGCAAAAGCAGACAUGUGUCAGUUUAAAUUCAACAUCUAUGUAUUUGGUAAGCGGAGGCCUAAAUAACACUGUUAAUAUUUGGGAUUUAAAAUCAAAAAGAGUUCAUCGAUCUCUUAAGGAUCAUAAGGAUGAAGUAACUUGUGUAACAUAUAACUGGAAUGACUGCUACAUUGCUUCUGGAUCUCUCAGUGGUGAAAUUAUUUUGCACAGUGUAACCACUAAUUUAUCUAGUACUCCUUUUGGCCAUGGUAGUAACCAGUCUGUUCGGCACUUGAAGUAUUCUCUGUUUAAGAAAUCGCUACUGGGCAGUGUUUCGGAUAAUGGAAUAGUAACUCUCUGGGAUGUGAAUAGUCAGAGCCCAUACCAUAACUUUGACAGUACACAUAAAGCUCCAGCUUCAGGCAUCUGUUUUUCUCCCGUCAAUGAAUUGCUAUUUGUAACUAUAGGCUUGGAUAAAAGAAUCAUUCUCUAUGACACUUCAAGUAAGAAGCUAGUGAAAACUUUAGUGGCUGACGCUCCUCUAACUGCAGUAGAUUUCAUGCCUGAUGGAGCCACUUUGGCUAUUGGAUCUUCCCGUGGGAAAAUAUAUCAAUAUGAUUUAAGGAUGUUGAAAUCACCAGUUAAAACCAUCAGUGCACAUAAGACAUCUGUGCACUGUAUAGCAUUUCAGUACUCCACUGUUCUUUCUAAGUCAGGUUUAAAUAAAGGCUGUUCAAAUAAGCCCACAGCUGUGAACAAACGUACUGUUCAUGUGAGUGCUGCUAGUGGAGGAGUCCAGAAUUCUGGAAUUGUCAGAGAAGCAGCCACCGCUUCCAUUGCCACGGUUCUGCCACAGCCCACGACAGCAGCUGUGGGGAGAGGAACAGUUGCUGUUCAGGACAAAGCAGGUCUGCCUCGAUGCAUAAACACAGAUAUUUUAGCCAAGGAAACAGAGAGUGGGAAAAAUCAGGAUUUCUCCAGCUUUGAUGAUACUGGAAAAAGUAGUUUAGGUGACAUGUUCUCACCCAUCAGAGAUGAUGCUGUAGUUAACAAAGGAGGUGAUGAGUCUGUAGGCAAAGGAGAUGGCCUUGACUUUCUACCACAGUUGAACUCAGUGUUUCCUCCAAGAAAAAAUCCAGUAACUUCAGGCACUUCCGUAUUGCAUUCUAGUCCUCUUAAUGUCUUUAUGGGGUCUCCAGGGAAAGAAGAAAAUGAAAAUCAUGAUCUGACAGCUGAAUCUAAGAAAAUGUAUCUGGGAAAACAGGAACCUAAAGACUCCUUCAAGCAGUUUGCAAAGUUGAUCUCUGGUGCUGAAACUGGAAAUCUAAAUACCUCUCCAUCAUCUAACCAAACAAGAAGUCCUGAGAAAUUUGAGAAGCUAGAAAAAGAAACUGAAGCCCAGUUACUGUAUGAACCUCCAGUCAAUGGAUCCUCAACUCCAAAUCCAAAGAUAGCAUCUUCUGUCACUGCUGGAGUUGCCAGUUCACUAUCAGAAAAAAUAGCUGAUACCAUUGGAAGUAAUCGGCCAAGUGCACCACUGACAUCUGUUCAAAUCCGCUUUAUUCAGAACAUGAUACAGGAAACAUUGGAUGACUUUAGAGAAGCAUGCCAUAGGGACAUUGUGAAUUUGCAAGUGGAGAUGAUUAAACAGUUUCAUAUGCAAUUGAAUGAAAUGCAUUCUUUGUUGGAAAGAUACUCAGUGAAUGAAGGUUUAGUGGCGGAAAUUGAAAGACUACGAGAAGAAAACAAAAGACUACGGGCACACUUUUGAAAUUUCAGUGAAUACUUUAAUGUUUUGUAAUUUGGGAAGCUUCUGGCAACACAGAACUACAUGGAAUCAGUAUUGUUUUCAUGGCCUCUGGGAAAAGUUUUUUUUCAAGUAAAAGGGUGAUGGGAUUUUAUACCAACUGCUAUUUCAUCGUUUCUGUCAAAAAUAUUUAUAUUUUUAUAUUAAAAACUGCACACUGUGUCAUCUGCCUAAGAGGAAAGCCAGCAGAAUCUUUAUUUUCUGAAAGCUUUAGCUAUACACUAAGUGCCCUUUUUCAUAAGAAAAGAAAAUUGUGCAAAAAAAAAUUAGGUUAUGUGUGUUUUUUAAUCACCUUUUUAAACAGAUAAUAUUUUUGGUUGACAGUUGCCUUCCAAAUUUUUUUGGAUGUUUGAUGAUUAAAGAGUUUGAUAUACCUUCUAUUUUUAUGGAGAAAGUAAUUUUAAUUGGUGUUUUAUGUUUCUAAAAAAUUGACUAAUAAGACAAGGUUGGCUAGUAAUUAUUUUGUUAACUUGAAGUCAAGUGUGACUAUUAUUUAUUACUUGUACAUUUGAUAAGGACAUUUUUGGAAUUUUGAAUUGCACAGAUUACAUUAUAUUUAUUGCAUUUACGUUGCUGUAGUAUACUAACAAAUCGCUACUCCUGGUUGGUAUUUUAGCUAACUUCACUUGACCUAUGAAAACUUUUAAGGGUUUUUAAGACUCAACCAGAACUGCAUAUCUGCUGAUUAUCUCAUGAAUUAAUAACAUGAAAUUUAUACUGUAAUGUUUGAAUCACUAUAAUUCAACUUAUAAUCAGUGAAGAUAUCAUAUUAGAUAUUAUAUAUUACAGUAUUAAUGCCAUUUUUUUCUCCCAAAUGAGGUGUGGUUUAUUUUGUUUUGUGGUUUAUUUUGUUUUGUGGUUUAUAUCAUUAACUUUCUAUACUUCUUUGUGUGCUGUGUGUAAUAUUUUUAUAUUAUUGACCUUACUAUUAAAUAAAUAAAA